GGAGCUGUACAGAACCUAAUACUCGUUUCCAGGAUAUUUUAGCGCUCUGACAAUCUGUUUUUUCAUUCUUUGAGUUGGCGUUGCUGGCUUCUUCUGUAACGGACUUAGCUGACCUGUAGUAGAUGUAUGGAAUCUGGAUUAGUUGAUGUAUUGUAGGAGGAUAAGGUAGUUGGUGGUGUGACAUAUGAUUCAAGGAGCCCAACAUUUUUAGUUGAUAAGAUUCCUUGUACGUUCAAUUUCUGGGAAUGAGUCUGGAGAAUGAAGACCGGUUAUUGCUUGAAAGAAAAACUGGAUCUCAAAAGAAGUCUAAGAUAUUAUAUACAAGAGACGAACUUUUGUCUUUUAGCAACUUGGAUAUUUGCAAAAAAUUGCCCAGAGGAAUCGAUGCUUCGAUUUUGAGUGAAUUGGAUGAAGCAUCGGUCAUUGAGAGGCAAAGAGGUUUUGGAGGCUUAACUUUCCAGAGCACAAAGCGGAGUGAUUAUGGAUCAUCACCGCCGAAUAGGUUAGAAGGUGCAAGUAGUUAUUUUCGAGGAAGCUCUGGAAGGUGGGAUGCACGGUCUUCUGGAUCGGACACUAGAGAUGGAGACCUCCCAUCUAAUCGUGAAUCAUCCAUGCAAGAUUCUGGUAGGCGUUACGGACAGCAACAGCAAUCUCGACAUUUAUCUCAAAAUCUUGAGCAUGAUGGACUUCUGGGAAGUGGUGCAUUUCCAAGACCUUCAGGUUAUGCUGGAUCCUCGGGACAAAAAGCUAGAGCAACCAGCCAGUUUCAGCUCAAUAGGACUUCUGAACCUUAUCAGCCCCCACGACCUUAUAAGGCUUUAUCCUUUCAACGGAAGGAUGAUAAAGAUUCAUGUAAUGAUGAAACAUUUGGUUCGACUAAUUAUUCAAGCGAGGACAGAGCGGAAGAAGAACGGAGAAGAAGAGCAUCCUUCGAGUUGAUGAGAAAGGAACAACAGAAAGCACUGCAAGAGAAGCCAAAACAGAUUCCUGAUAAUCACAAAGAAAAUCUUGAUGCUGAUAUUAUUGCAUUACUUCAGAACUCGGUUGAUAGGAACAGUAAAAUGAGUAAAACUGACAUGCCGGAUGAUUCUUCACUGCCACAAAACGAUUCUUCUAGGGUUUCUUCUACUAUGAAUGCUCCCCUAUCUCGGCCACUUGUACCACCUGGUUUUUCCAGCACAGCAUUAGACAAAAACCUUCCUGUUCAGUCUUCAAGCACUCAGUUUGCGUCAGAGGGUAGCUUUUCUGGUAGUCUGGAUGACCUUCCUCCAGAUGGCACCGAUAAUGAUCCCGAGAAAAGGCACCAAUCAGCUGUAUGCCUGGACAACAGCAUGCUAAAAACUGGCUCCAUGUCUGAUCUUGUUGUGAAUGUCGAUGAAAAGCUUGCAAUUCCAUCAUCGGCUCUCAAAGUUAAGCUCCCAAUGGAUGCUGAAAACAUAUCCUGUUCAACCUCCGGUUCUCCAAAAGUGAAUAAGAUUUGGGAAGAAGUAAUAGAGAAUGAUGUUUCCAACACUAAAGAAGAGAAGUUUGAGGUUACAAGCCCACUUAUGCAGGAUAGUUCAGUGUCAAUUCUGGAAAAGUUGCUUGGUGGUUCUGUGGUAAAAACUUCUGGUAGUUCACCAACUUCCUCUGCGAAUCAGGGUUUUAAAACGGAUGAAGAACCAUGGGUUCCUGCAAUUUCCGAAUCUUCCAAAUUUGCUAGUUGGUUUCUUGAAGAAGAAAACAAGCAUGUAGAAGACUUUUCAUCAAAGGACUUGCUCUCUUUAAUUGUGAACAACGAGAAAGUUAACUCAUCAUCUUCCAUAAUUUCUUGUGACAAGGCAAUUGAGCAUAUGGCACCAAGCUUACCUAUAAAAAUUAGUGAUACCACAGAGAAACUUGAUGCAUCCUCCGCAACUUCUUUGAUGGUUGGGAUCCCUGAGCAGUAUCAUCAAGGUGUUAAGCCAGAUUUAAGUCCUGCUGUGCUGACAUGUGAGGACCUUGAGCAGUCCUUCAUGGCCAACAUUACAGGUCGUUCAAGUCCACAGCAUGCUGUUCAAGGACCUCGGAAGACUACAGAUGGAAAAAUGGAACAGAAACUGGAUAUUGAUGAUCAUGCAUCACAACAUCUUCUUUCUCUAUUACAGAAGGGGACAAAGAAAGAGAAGGCAGCAUCAGUAACACCUGAUGGUCUAGAUGCUGAAUUCUUUGACAAAUUUUCCAUAACUGAUGCUAAUUCUGGUUUCAAACUUCGGAUUGCUGAGAAGGCUACUUCUUGCAACUCUGAACCAGCACCCAGCUCAGAGAAGACCCUGACACUCGAAGCAUUAUUUGGGGCAGCAUUUAUGAAUGAGCUCCAAUCGGCUCAAGCUCCUGUCUCCGUGCAGAGAGUUACAGAUGGUGGGAUUAACACUACAGAAGUUCCAACAUCACUUAGAUUGCCAUUUCAAAAUUCUGAUGCUGGUUUCUUUCCUUCUAGUUCUGGUGACUAUAAACAGAACAAACCUGCUCAUGAGAUGGACAUGGUAUCUACAAACCAAAUUCAAGAUGCAAAUGUUCAUCACACUAUGGGUCCUUCCAAAGAGCAUGAAAACUCUCUUAUUGAGGACUCAAAACAUGUUGCUUCUGGUUUUGAAGAAAGGGCUUUGCAAAUUCACUUGCCUGAUGAGGAUAAUCUGAUUACUACUAGUGAUUCUUUGGACUCUGUAGCUUCUGGCCCUUCACCCUUUCCAAAUGCUACUAGAAGUGAGGAGCUAUUAUCUGAAAACAGUGUGGAACAUCUCAAUUACAAAUUGCUUAAUGCUAUUACAAGAGAUGCAGAACGAAUUCCAUCGUCUAGUCUGGAUGGCUUACCUCCUUUUCGCACCCCACAUGACCUGGUUGGUUCUGAUAGUUUUUAUCAUCAUUUACAGGGAAGAACAUCUCCUCAGUUACCUCAUAUCAUCAAUCAUGCUAGGCCUCUGCACCCGGGGCUGGAUCAUCUCACAAAUAGGAAUCAGCAGAUGAAGUUUAUUGGUCCUGAAGGCAUCCAUCAUGAUCCUCGUCGAAAUUUACUUGAAAACGUUGUUCCACUUAAUACUCCCAAUUAUGCUAGUGGCCCACACGUUGAACCUCCUGACUAUCAUUUGAUGUUACAGCAAAUGCCAAUUCCAGGAAGCUACCCACAACAGUUACCUCUUCCAGGUUUUCCAAGAGGUGUACCAUUACCUCAUCACCUAAAUCACAUGCAAGGGUACAUACCUGAGAUGAACAAUGUACACAAUAUUUCGUUACAUCAGCAGCACCCAACUUAUGGCAGCCUUGGAAUGGGAAUGCCAGGAUCUCUCAUUGGAGGUGGUGGAGGCAAUCAUCCGGAAGCAUUACAAAGGCUGAUUGAUAUGGAGCUGAGAGCUAAUGCAAAGCAGGUGCACCCUGCAUCAGCUGGUCACAUUCCUGGUAUAUAUGGUCCAGAAUUCGACAGGAGCUUCCGGUACAGAUGACUCUAAAAGACCUCUGAUUUCAUCUGUUCAGAAGGGUAUCAUUUCAAAUAUCUACCCUCACAGGAGAUGGAAGAAAAAGAAAAAGAAAAAGAAGACGGAAACAGUCCCAAGGGAAUGAUAGAAGAUUGAUGGUGAUCCAAAUGAGAGGGACUCGCACGUAUAUAGACAAGCCUGAGUUCUUUUCUGUUGUCAAUAUUCCAUCCAAAUGGAACAAACAUUAAGCUUCUUCUCUUAGCACUUGUCUAAUUAUGUCAUUUGGAGAAAGUUAUGGAAACACCUCAGUACAAGAACAUGGUAGGGUUUGCAUGAUAUGAUGCUGCUGUCCUAAACCUCUUCUGGAGAUAUUACUUGCUGAUCUCUAUGUAUUCUACGCGUACCUGUUUUAUCUUACUAUAUUUUGUUGUCUGUAUCAUGCUUGGACGCCUUCUCUCUACAUCCUGGUGUCUGGCUUGGAAUGCUGAUAGUAAUUCCCAACAGUUUGAUGGGUAAUAUGUUUAAGCUGAUAGUACCUGUCAUUUUCA